GCUCCCGAUCCCAGUUUCCAGGACAACCGAAACCAAACGAACAGCUUCAUUGACUGCAGACGUGCACAAGCCUUCUAGCUAUAGAGAAAUUAAAUCAUAUUUUUGGGUAUUCUUUUUCUAUUGACAAUGGAUGGAGAGACAGAAAAUGAGGUGAAGUAUAAUUGGGCGGUGUCAGCAGAUUCCUCCAAUGAGGAGGACAAUUCUCCUAUUACUGUUAAUGGAAAUGAAAAGGAAGGCGUCCCAGCUGAAAUAGCUGAAUCAGAUCAUGAUGAAGAAAACUCUGAAAGUAUGAAAGCCGCUGAAGAAGCCCAUACUGAGAAAGCAGCUACCUCUGAGCCAGAAGAGAGCAGUGGAAAAGAGUUCCCGAGUGUCGAUUACAUCACCACAAGUGAAGACUUGGAUGUGAAGAUAAAUGUACUCAAUGAACAGCCAAUGUCUCACAAGGAGAGUGUUGUUUUUGAAAUCAACAGCAAUGAUAACGAUGGACCUCCGAGACUGCCUCUUGAGACCCCGGGGAGACAGAACACCAAUCCUACACAGGGGGAAGAGGAGGCUGAAGAAGAGGAACCCAGUUCUGCGCCUGCAGACAAAGAACAAAUCAACUAUGCAGAAUACAUGCAGCUGUGUGCAGACAGAGAUAAAGCCAGCCAGCGUCGCAGCCUGCUGCAAAUGAAGCUGACAGAGUUAUUCCGUAAGAAGGACGGGGACGACGCCCAGCUGGACAGGGAGAUACAGGUGUCAGAGCAACUAAAGGGGUAUGAGAAGUGCAUUAACAUCCUGACUGACCUGAAGCAGCAGCUUACCGCUGAUACAGAGACAGCUCAGCAGCAGGCAGAGGAGCUGAGGUUCAUUUCCCAAGAGAAACUGGACAAGGUGGAGAAUGAAUGGCGAGCGUUCGUAGCCCUGAAGCAGGAUGUAGCUGUGAGAGUACUGAGCAGACGCCUAGGUAAACAAGCUGCUCAGACCAAAGUGGAGGCAACCUUGGCAACAGAGAAGCUUCUGCAGCACAAGCUCAUCAAGCUGCGCCUCAAGCACAUCAAGCUGAGGUUCAACAUUCACAGGCUGGAGGCAGAGCUCUGUGAAGGGGAAAAACAUGCCAGGGACCCCCUAGAUCUCCAGUAUGAGCAGCUGCAGGCUGAGAGGCUAGAGCUGAAAAAACACACUGAAAAGCAAAAUGAGGAAUCUUUAAAGAUAAAGAUAAAAAUCAGCUGCAACUUGGAGCUCCUGUCAAACGUAAAGGAGAAACUGUUCUGGAGUGAAAUGGAGGUUCAAGCCAAGCGGGAGAAGCUGGCCAUGGUGGCCGGGAAGAGGGACCUCUUAAUAAGGACUAGGCAAGCACGCAGAGGCCUGCAGAAAGACAACCUGAGGCUUAAGGAGCAUCGGGGACUGCUGGGGAACAGGGUCCUGCUGCGGGACUUUGAAGACACUGUGGACGCCUCUGACUACAUGGAGGAAAAACUGGAGGAUCUGAAGUGCCGGCAAGCUGAUAUUGUCCUCAGUUAUGGCAGAUGGAAAAAGAAGUCUGAUCCAUGCAUUAUUGUAAAAUUGUGAUGUUGAAAUAAUUGUUAAAAGCCUAUACAAUCAUGAUUUAAAAAAGAUUACAGCAAAUAGCCAGAUGCAGCAAAAAGUCAAAAAUAAAAAUCUGAGUCCAAA